AUGACGCUUAACACAUUCAUCGUCGUGGUCGUAGUCUACUUAGCCAGCAAUGCAGAACUGCCCUCAAUGGCCGCACCAUUACCCGAACCAUCCGACUUUUACGCCGACUCACCAUUGCCAUCACCGAAGGGCGUGGCAUACUUGGAGACCUGCGUGAAGAAGCUGACCGAGAAGUGUGGGAACGAAGUCUUCUCGGGUGUGUUCGUGAACACACCAGUGACAAAGGAGUGCUGCAAAAACCUUGAGAAGAUGGGAAAAUUGUGCCACCUUAAGAUCGUUUCGACACUUCUCAACGUGCCUCUGGUCCAGGCGACGUCAACCGAGAAGUCGGAGAUUCUGUCCAAGAGUGAUUAUGUAUGGAGCCAGUGUGUCUCUGUUGGGCAUGUUAUUGGAGCGGCCGUGUCACCCUCCUACCCUGAAACCUCUUUCUGA